AUGCUGCUCCUCCUGCACCUGCUGCCUGCCGUGCUGCCUGCCAGUGCCCUGGGCAGCUGCACCGGGGCUGGUGCUGACCGGCAGCUUGUCCUGGCCAAGGUGCGGGCACGGGUGCUGGAGCAUCUGAGCCCCCCAGCCGUGCAGGAGCCCCAAAAGGACAUGAGGAGGGUGCAUCGUAGAGAUGUCCUUGAAGAGGUGGAGGUGCUACCCGAAGAGCAGGAAGACACAUCCCAGGUGAUUCUCUUCCCUUCCACAGAUGUGCCGUGCGAGCCCACACAGCCAGAUAAGCUGCUGGAGGAAGAAGGCAUCUUCACUUACCUCUUCCAGCCCUCAGAGCACGUCCUGAGCCGCACGCUGACAUCCGCCCAGCUCUGGUUCUACAGCGGCCCCUCAGCUGCUUCCAACCACUCGGCUCCUGCUGUGUUGACCCUCUCACUGCAGGGCAGGGUGCCGGUGAUGGCCACAGCAUCGCAGACACCAGAGCACUGGACGGUGUUUGACUUUGGCCCUGACGCGCUGCCCCAGCUGGCACAGCCACUCUUCGUGCUCCUGGUGCGCUGCCCCAGCUGCCCCUGCCUGGCCGACGGGGACAAGAUGCCCUUCCUGGUGGCCACCACCCGUGCCAAGGCAGCUGGACGGGCUCGCCGCUCCGCUGUGCCUUGGUCACCGGCUGCACUCAGCCUGCUGCAGCGCCCAUCAGAGGAUGUGGCUGCCCACACCAACUGCCGCCGGGCAUCCCUCAACAUCUCCUUCGAGGAGCUGGGCUGGGACAAUUGGAUUGUGCACCCCAGCAGCUUCGUUUUCCACUACUGCCACGGGAGCUGUGCCGAAGGCCAUGGGCUGAGCCACCGGCUGGGUGUGCAGCUGUGCUGCGCCGCUCUGCCUGGCACCAUGCGCUCGCUGCGCGUCCGCACCACCUCUGAUGGUGGCUACUCCUUCAAGUACGAGACAGUGCCCAACAUCCUGGCACAAGACUGCACCUGUGUCUAG